UUGACCCUAUUUCCGAUUUGUAAAGACUCGAAUCACUCGAUUGUAGGCAAAGUGCAAAGGUAUCAGAAUUCAGAACUCCAAAAGUUGAAAAACAAUUUGAGAGUAAAAGACAUGGAAGAUAACGAAGCCAAGGAAGCUUCAAUGAGUUCAAUCGAUAAUUCAUCAAUGGAGGAUAAAGAAGCCAUGGAAGCUUCAAAAACCUUCAACCAAGAAGAUCUCUUCAAAGCCCUUGAAGUAGUUGAGAGAGAUUCCCUCGCCAUUGCUGAGAGCUACACCUCUCUCUUCGCUUCUCUCCGAUUAGCACUCUCCGAGAUUACCAACACUUCUGUUGAUCAUAUCCAAUGCUUUAGUGAUGCUGCAGGCAAGGUUCAAGAGUCAGCAAUUGAUGCAGCAACAAGAGGGAAUCGUUUUAUACAUUCAUGUAUCAGGUUAAAUGAUGAGAUGAAAGGCAUUGAUGAUUUAGCAGCUCAUUUAAAAAUCCUCAAGAGAAAUGUAGAUGCUUUGGACUCAGCAGCCAGCCGACUCCUCCGAAUCACAUGAUCUGCCUUUUUCAUCAUUCUGAUGACUCAUGCAGGUCACUAAAGCUGGAACAUUUUUCUUGACUAUUCUGAAACUGUCAUAUUAACAUUGAAUUAGGUGAUUGGUGUCACUGUAUAGAGAUCGUCAAUCGGCACCCUGUCUUUUGAAGGCAAGCAAUUACAAAUCUACUGUCCUGCUGUUUAUGUUUGGCUUAUUGACUUUGUAUCUGAUUAGAAGUACAAUAGUACAUCUAACUUAUACUUCUUAGCUGCCUGUAAUUAGAUCAAUCUAUCAAUGAUAACUUGAAAAUGCUUUAUGUUCUUCUAUCCUCGGUGAACUGGUCUAUUUGGCAGUCAAAUGUGUGUUAUUUUGGGUAGGUAUAAUGGAGUAUUUUUACUAGUACAUGUUAACAUAA